UUUAUUUUGCCACGAUGAACCCUAACCAUGACAAAAAUCCACAAAUAGAAAGUGGGAGUCCAACAAGUAAUUUUAGUGAUUUCGCUGUAAUUAGUGACUGAAGGAAGAAGGAACAAGGAAACACUCUCGCUGGAAUAAGAGAACGUUAUCGCUGACAGACAACACAAGAAGAGUCCUUUUCAAGUGGCUUUCUCGUGGAGAUGAACUCAUCGAAGGCAGUCAAGCUCACCUUUGUUCUGCUUUUGGCCGAGUCCUUGUUGCAUGACAUCGGGUGGUCCCCGCAGUCUGCCAUUACAUUGUUCAAGGCGCUGACACGUAAACAACUUGACAGUCAUGGCCGAGAGAAAAGAAGUGGUGUCCAAUGUCUGACCCCAAUAGAAGUGGACGUUGUCCUCAGUAUGAAUCUUCCAAGCAACACUGAGCCAUCACAGAUCAUUGAUCAACUAAGGAUGUCCAUGCAAGAAGUGGUUUUACCAUCAAACUUCUCAAAUGAUGUCAUGCUGACAAGACUCAAUUUGACCACAGUCUGCCUCUCAAACUCUAAUGAAGGACAGCAGUGUCAGUGUGAGGAACAAUAUGCAUGGCCAUGUUCAUUCUGUGUUGAGUUUGGUGCAUGCAACAAUGAAACUACAGAAACAUGCGACUGCAUUAAUGGACUUCCUUCAAACGGGCAAUUCUGUGAGCUACAAUCUCUUUUCCCCUCAUGUCAACCAACACCACCAACAACAACAGAAGUGGACAUAGUCCUCACUUUUCCAGACGACGCCGACCCAUCAGAUUUCAUUACUCAACUGAGGAUCUUUGUGAUUACUCUGUCUUUACCAGAAAACAUCACCAAUGAAGUAGUGUUGGAAAGCCUAAAUUUUACCACGACCUGCCAGCCAAACUCUACUGAAGGACAGCAGUGUCAAUGUGAGGAACAAUAUGCAUGGCCAUGUUUAUUCUGUGAGGACUUUGGGGCAUGCAAUAAUGAAACUACAGAAACAUGCGACUGCAUUAAUGGACUUCCUUCAAAUGGGCAAUUCUGUGAGCUACAAUCUCUUUUCCCCUCAUGUCUAACACCAACACCAGAACCACCACCAACAACAUCACCAGCACCACCACCAACACCACCAACAACAGAAGUGGACAUAGUCCUCACAGUGAAUGUUCCAGACGACACCGAUCCAUCACAGUUCCUUAAUCCACUGAGGAUUGCUGUAGCUAAUUUGUCGCUACCACAAAACAUCCCAGAUUCAUUGAUACGCUUAGAUUUGACCACAACAUGCUUCAUAACGACUGCUGGAGUUCAGCAAUGUCGGUGUGAGGAACAAUACACAUGGCCAUGCCAAUUCUGUCAAAGUUUUGGUUCGUGCAGCAAUGAACUCACAGCAAUCUGCAACUGCAUCGAUACACUUCCUCCAGAUGGGGAUUUUUGUGAGCUACAAACAAGUGACUCUCUAUGUCCAAUCACUACAACAUUCAGUACUCCAUCAAUCACGUCUACAACAACCUCUGAUUCUUUCCCAAAUCCAACACCCACUUCAUUAUUUGUCCUGCCGGUGUCGUUCACCAUCGACAUGAACUUCGACCCAGAGUUCAACAACAUAAACAACUUUGUUUACAUGACGGUUAAUGACUCAAUAACGAGACAAGCUCCAGAGCACAUCGACAACCUUGUGUCAGCAGAGCUCAUUAACUUCAGUUCUGGUAGCACCAUCGUUAACUUCAUCCUCACUGCAAGUGAGCCAAUUGAAGACUCGGAUGUUGAGGCCCUUUUGACCGGAAUAUUUAAUGACCUGCGGGUCUUGUUUCCUUUAGUGCUCGACAGUGAUGAGCCCUUAACUUUUCAGCCAGCUGAACUAUUCAUUGAGCAGACUCUGACUGUGAUCUGUGGGCCACCACCAGAUGAUGCAAACUUUGCUGAGCCUAUUACAGCUGAGUGGAGUCUCAAUGGUGAAAUAAUAGCAGAAGACGCCCAACAUAUCAUUUCAACAGUUGGUAGAAAUUCAACGCUUACUAUCUUGAACUUCUUUUUUACUGACAAUGGAUUCUAUGAAUGUCAGCUGAGGGAUAGCAUUGCUAUUUUCCGGCAGCGUUCUUCCGAAUUCAUGCUUAAUGAAACACCACGAAUCCAGGUACGGCCGCUUGAUACGAGUAACUUGUGUCAGGUCGGGCAGACAGUGUCAGUGACGUGCUCAGUCCAGGACCCCUACAUCGUGGAGUUUGACGUUGCAACCAGUUUCGACCAAGGACCUUCAAUCCAAUACCAGCAUGUUAUCACAAACUGCAGCGAAACAGAUUUUAGGGUGAAUUGUCAAGUGAUUAACUUCACUGAUUUUUCACGAGAGAUCAGACUGAGGUUUCUCACAAACGUUUCAUUCACGUGUGUUAAUGAUCCGAUAUUUGGAAAUGGGCUUUUAAACGACACGGGUAGCGCUGUCUGUCAAGACGAAGGCGAUGUUGGACAGAUGACAGCAAUUUGCAGGGAAAGUGGAGAGUGGGAAGAUGAAGAAGACAACUGUACCAACCACAGGAUUGAGGAGUUACUCCGUCAGUCAUCGCAAUUGACUGAAAGUGGUUUGGAAGCUUUCCUGGAUGGACUCAACAGCACCGUUGUGGAACUCGCUCUGGAGGUUGCCGAGUCUCCUAACGACAUUGAGGCCAUUGUUAGGAUUCUCGACAAUGUUGGAAUCUUUGUAACAACACCGGUGUCAGAUGUAAUGACUAUUGCCCUUAAUCCAUCUUCUAUUGAGGAUAUUCUAUCAACUACAAGUGUCCUCACCAUAGAUCAGGCUCAGGAAUCAUGGGACUUUCUUAACGCUCGAGCUGUCACUGAGGUCCUGGGAACAAGAAUUAUCAGACCCAGAAACGAAAGUAUUAGUUCCUUAUUAUUGUUCUCCCUGGAGUCAGUAACAAGUCGGUUUAUUAAUGAAACUUUGAACAUCGCGACACCUUUGGUUCUCCUGAACAAAACAAUGUUCCUCAGCAAUUUCGGUGGGGAUUUUAACUCCACAGUGGAGAUAGACGUAUCAGACACUAAUGCAAUCACGACUCUAACUGUGCUGACCUUUGAGUCCAUGGAUAAUGUACUUCCCCCAAGAGACGAGGACAACUCCACAGGCAGGGCGAUUAAUGGGAGAGUGGUACUUGUGCAGUCUGAUACCACAGUUAACAACAUCACGUUCGUCUUUGACAUUAUUAACCAGACGCUACGGAGGCCUCAGUGUGUGUUCUGGAACUUUACCCUCUUCGAAGGUCUUGGAGGAUGGGAUGAUGAAGGAUGCAAGUUGAUUGCAAUGGAUAGUGAAACCGUCACAUGUCGCUGUGACCAUGUGACCUCCUUCUCGAUGCUUAUGUCACCCUUUGUUCCAGCGUUUCCUGCCUUGGCCUUCAUAACCUACAUUGGCGUCGCUGUUUCCUUGGCAUCUUUAGUCAUAUGCCUUAUUAUAGAAGCAGUCGUAUGGAAAAAAAUGAAAAGGAAUGAAAUUGCGUACUUGCGCCAUAUUUCUAUCGUAAACAUUGCAUUGUCUCUCUUGAUUGCAAACAUUUGGUUCAUCAUCGGUGCCGCUAUCGCUGCUCAACAACGAAGAAAUUUAGAUGCAUGCGUUGCUGCUACCUUUUUCAUCCAUUUUUUCUACCUAGCCCUUUUUUUCUGGAUGCUAGCAUCUGCCCUGUUGCUGUUGUACCACGCGGUCAACGUCUUUGGCACACUUACAAAACAGAAACGGUUGGCCAUUGGAUUUUGUCUUGGCUAUGGGGGCCCUCUGAUUAUUGCAUCCAUUACGAUAGCUGUAACUGCACCAACCAAUACUUACAUCCAAAUAACCGGGGCCUGCUGGCUCAACUGGACCCAGUCCAGAGCUCUGCUGGCAUUUGCCGUUCCGGCACUCCUUAUAGUGUUCAUAAACAUUUUGAUCCUAAUUGUUGUGGCUACAAAACUCAUUCAGAGUAACAUUUCGACAAACGAUGUAUCGGAAGAUACGAGGCAAAGCUUGAAGGUCAUCAUUCGGAGCUUGACUGUCCUCACACCCUUUUUUGGAAUAACCUGGAGUCUUGGAGUAGGAACCCUCAUAGACCCAAGAAACCUUGGAAUCCACGUCACCUUUGCACUCUUCAAUUCCCUGCAGGGCUUCUUCAUAUUAGUAUUUGGAACCCUGUUGGACAGAAAGGUGCGCGACGCCAUCACAGAAAUAACUAGAUUUGGAACAACGAGCAACGAUACCCGACCCGGUAGGAAGAUCAAUUCACAGGGACAAAAAGUCGAUACCGAGACAACACAACCCACGGAUUUCACAAAUAGCACAACUGGGAUUCAUAGUAACUUUCUGUCAACGACCGACGCUGAGGCCAGCAGUAUGGGGUCAUCAAGAGAACCUUCUGAAGGCGGCGAUACAUGACAGGCGACACAGAGAUGCCUGGACGUGCGGGCCAAGCCACAAACUUAUUACUGCUGCGCUUUUGUCCGCCAUCUUGUUUCACUUGGAACAGUAGUCGUACUUAUCACAAAUGUGUGUAUUCAAACUUGGAACGGUAGUAUUACUGAUCACAAAUGUCUGUAUUCAAACUUGGAACAUUAGUAGUACUGUUCACAAAUGUGUGUAUUGAAGUACUCUGUAGCUCAAGGGGGGAUUUGAAGUAGUCAAUGCUUGUAAUUAUGCUGCAAAUGCACAGAUAUUCAAACAUCACAUUUAUGAAUGUUGUGUAUAUGAUGUAAUAAGUAUAUGUAUAUACAUACAUUUACUCUUGUGUAAUUAUCACUGCACUUAGGUGUUAUUUAAGGUGUUGAUACUUUGGUCUGAUCAUGGAGAUCUGGUGCAAUCAAGCACUUUAUGUUCAUGUUAUUAAUUUGUCACGUGUGUCUUUACAGUAGCACAGGUAGUACAAUGCAUUUCAUAAUGUAACUAUAAUAUUUUGUGUGUGUACUGUAUAUAUCAUUAAUACACAAUGUAAUAUAAUUACACAUGCAGUUAAUGUGCAUAACACUUGAUUUGUUGUGUGUGUGUGUGUGUGUGUGUGUGUGUGUGUGUGUGUGUGUGUGUGUGUGUGUGUGUGUGUGUGUGUGUGUCAGAAUGACACACUUAAAAUGUAUUUGUAAAUUGUGUAUGUGGGAUUAAUUUUAUUAAAUCUUAAAUGUCAA